AUGCGAUCUAGCAUCUCGCUUCUCUACAUGGCAACAGUGCUGGGCACACUUGGACAAGCAUUCAGUCUCUGGGGUCACUCCAAGCCUCUGAGUCUGCAAGAAAGAGCCAGUAUCUGGGGUCUACCUGAUUGUGCCAGCACAUGUGUCACUUCCAGCUUCGGUGGCUGCAACUCCAUCGACGUCGAGUGUAUCUGCAAGAACAAAGACUUUCUUGAGAAUCUCGGUUGCUGCAUGUCCAAGGCCUGUGACAAGGCCGAUCAAGACGCUGCCAUCGGGUUUGCGAACAACUUCUGCUCUGCCUACAAAGUCAGCGAUCUGCCUACAGCAGCAACUUGCAAGUCGACCGACACAGCAAAAAUCACUGAUCAAAAGACUACUCCUGGUCCAACACUCGACCCUUCUUCCCCAACUUCCUGGCUGCCGGCUUUGAGUUCGGCGGCUUCGGCAGCGAUUGCAAACAUCUCGAAUGGCACGAAUAUUACGGGAUACAUAAGCACGCAGCGGGUUACUGUCACGGCGACAGUCACAGCUAGCAGUACUGGGCAGGCUCCCCGUGUUGCCGCUGAAGUGACUGGCUGGGCUUGGGGAGUAGGUGCUAUGUUAGCUGGAGCUGCUGCUAUGGUUGUUUGA